CACCGCAAUAUGAAGUUCUUUCUCCUGGUGGCCUUCACAGCGUUGGCUUUUGCAGCCGACGACGACCGCCGUGGCAAGCGGCUCAUUGCCACGUCCGACACGUCGAAAGUAUGGCUCACCCCUUUGGAGAUUUCAGACUUGGAAUCUCGAUCGAUUGGGUUUGUCGAUGCGACAAACGGGGACUGGGACAAACUCGCCGCGUUCAAGACCCUCCGCGAAGAAGUGUUGCAUUUGACAGCCAAGACAUUCCCCUCUGGCCCUGGCUACAAAGCAGUGGUGGGGGCAGCCAUCGCCAAAAUCAGCACCGGUGACUUGAAGGCAUUGCUGACAGAGUUCGUCACCAAGUUUGCCACUCGGUACAAAAAUUCUGCGCAAGGAGCGCAGUCCUGUGGCUGGAUCUACAACCAAGUCAAGAAGCUCGUGACAAGACCAGACGUGAAGCUCACAGUGCGUCAAUUCAAGCACUCGUGGGGGCAAUACUCGGUCAUUGCACGCGUGGAACCGGCGGGCAGGGCGGCAGCCUCCCAGGACAUUGUUAUCGCCAGCGCCCACCAAGACUCGAUCAACCGUAAAAACAACCAGCAAGCCCCCGGUGCAGACGACGACGGGUCGGGUACAAUCACGAUUUUGCAGUCGCUCAAGAUCUUGUUGGCGACCAAAGAGUGGGUACCCGUGCGCCCGGUCGAGUUUCACUGGUACUCGGCCGAGGAAACGGGGCUACAAGGGUCGGCGGAUGUCGUGAAAGCGUACGCGAGUCAAAAGGUCGACGUGUACGCCCAGAUGCAGCAGGACAUGACGGGCUGGGUCGCCCCCGGCAAACCCCCCGUCGUGAGUUUCAUGGACGACAACACCGACCCCGGACUCACGGCGUUCUUGGAGUCGCUAGUUAACGAGUAUCUGGCAAUUCCUGCCACCCACGACAAGUGCGGGUACGGAUGCUCUGACCAUGCGUCGUGGAACCGAGCAGGGUACCCAGCGUCAAUGCCGUUCGAAACGAACGUUCGAGAUCUCAAUCCAAACAUCCACUCGACAAGGGAUUCGUUGGCCACGAUUGAUUACAACCACAUUGCCGAGUUCACCAAGUUGACGGUGUCGUACAUUGUUGAGUUGACCCAAGGGUUGCGUUGAGACGUAGGACCAUUAGUAGUAGUACUAAUAGUAGUGUAGUUACUGACCUUUGUGGUAACGUUACAGUAUAUCGUACGAAUGUUGUGGA